AUGACCAAUUCGAUCACAGCUCUCAGGAAAGCCCGGCGGCAGGAGCAGUUGGUCAGCAAGCGGCUUCUGCGGGAGGACACCGCAGCAGAGGAGGCUGGACAGGAUGGAGCAGAGAACGUGCCAGACCCUCUCUCGGAGGAUGAGGUUCUUGAGCUGCUCAGAGGCAUGCAGAGGGGUUCAGGAGACAGGAAACGAUCACUCGGCCGCCUCCGCUGGGCUCUGCAGAACAAGGAGACUCAGCAGAAGUUUGUCAGGCUGGACGGCAGCAUCCGGACACUCAUCGGGCUCUUCACCAGCAGCCUGGCUGACAUGCAGAUGGAGGCAGCCCGCUGUCUCCACGAGCUCUCCCACUCCAGUGACCCUGCUGUGGCUGAGGCAUGUCUGCCAGUGACCUCCUAUCUCCUCACCUACCUCUCAGGACACAGUGUUGAGUUCACGGAGCUGUGUUUGUACACGCUGGGGAACCUGGUAGUAGAAAGUGAAGCUGUGAGGAAGCAACUUCUGCCUCAGGGCAUCAUUCCAGUGCUGGCAUCCUGCAUCCAGUCCCCACAUGAGGCUGUGCUGGAAGGUCUGGGCUACGUCCUCUCACAGCUCCUCCAAGCCAAGGAAGCUCCCACAGAGAUCAUACCCUUGGUUCUGGACUCUGUUCUCCCCCAGCACAUGCUUCAACUGGUUUGCUCUGGCCUCAAGGCUGGGAUAGGAGCAGCCGUGGAGUUCGCAUGGUGUCUCCACUACAUCAUUUGUAGCCAUACAGCCAACGCAGCAUUGCUCUCGCUGGGGGCCUUGCCUGCCCUCACCUCGCUCUUGCUCGACCUGGCUUCUGAAAUCCCCCAAGAUGCUGCUGAUGGCCUGGAGCUGCUCGUCUGCCCAGUAGUGCGGUGUCUCAGUAACCUGCUUGCAGAGGAGACGGGCUGCGAAAUCCAGAUCCAGGACGAACGCUUGCUCAUUGCCCUCUUCCUCAUCCUGCAGUGCUUCCUCCAGCAGCAUCCAUUCAUCAUACAGGAGUGUCUCUGGCUGCUGAACAACCUCACGGCUGAUGAGCCCUUCUUCUGCUCCGCUCUGCUCUCCCUGGACUUGCUCCCAGCCCUGCUGCAGCUCCUGCCCUGUUCCCAGAUGGUCAGUGUGUUGGUCCUGACAGUUCUGUGCAAUAUAGCGGAGAAGGGGCCAGCCUACUGCCAGCAGCUGCACCAGCAGCUGGCCCUGCCCCUGCUGCUGCCCACCCUUGCACUGCCCGACCCCAAAGUGGUGGGGCAGUGCCUCGAGCUGCUGCACCUCCUCUUCCUGCACUGGCCAGAGGCUGCUGCUGACUUUGUCAGGCAAGGUGGGCACCGGGCCCUUGAGCAGCACCAGAGCACCCCAGAACUCCAGGAGCGGGCACGAGCACUGCUGGAUAUGGUCGGGCAGCCCCUGGGAGCCUCCACCUUCAGUCCCUGCCAUGCCACGUUGUCUGCCUUCUCCUAG